AUGUCUACACCGCAGUAUUACCCACCACCAAACAGCUAUGUACCGCGCCCUCAGGCCGGUCAACGGCAAACCAUGCAGUACAAUCCUGCAGGCUACAACCCAGCAGCAUAUCAUCCGAAUCAAACUCCUCCCUCGCCCCCAGUCAAUUCUCAACAAGCCCACUCUGGUUAUAAUCCUAAUGUUUAUAUACCCGCGCACCCAGUUGGGCCACCCGGUCGAAUGACCCCGCAGCCGGUUGUUGGAGCUGGAGGAUAUGUUCCUUAUGCGAAUCUUCAAGGUGUAAUUGGCGGCGUGAAUAGAAGUGCGGCGCUAGAUCAGGAAAAUCAACAAGAAGCACCGCCUCCGUAUUCCCCCCCACAGCGCCCUUUCAAUCGACAAAUGCAGCCCCCCAAUUUGCAAGUUCCAGUGAAUGUUCAAAAUAAUAUGUAUACGCCAAUUACACCUAGCAAUUCGUAUCAACCACAUUCUCAAUCACCGCUAAAUACGUCGAACCCGAGACAAAUGGGGCCUCCGUCUCAGCCUCCGCCUACACAACAGCAGCAACAGCAACAGCAACAGCAACAGCAGCAGCAGCAGCAGCAGCAGCAGCAGCAACAACAGGCACCGCCACCACAAGCACAGGCGCCCGCUUCAACAUAUCCUGUUCAAGACCAAAGGAGAGUCACCAGUCAACCAGCAGCUUAUAAUCACCAGGUAGUGCAACCCCCAGCUCAACAAAUACCAGCGCAACCUUCACAAAAUGUGCAAUAUGCCCCCCAGAGGCAUUCAACUAUCCAACCCCAGCAAGGUUUUACAACAGCCCCCCCCUCUCAGCGUCCUGUAGCCGUCCAGAGCUCUGCUCCCGCGAGAUCUCCAGAUGACUUGGAACCCACAUCCCCGCCAUCCCAGCCGUAUCUCCCCACAGGGUCCGCACGAGAGCGUGAUUCGCUGCCAUUACGGCGAGCUCCGCCCCCCGCUGCAACCAAUACGAUUGAAAAUCCAGUUCCGAGCAGGCGGUCUACAAUGCCGAUUCCUCCACCACCACCCUCAAUACCGCCUCCCCCAAGCGGCCCGCCUCCUUUAACCACAGCGACAAGGCGGCAGACAAUGGACAGUGUACCAACCAGUGCCCCUAAAACUCAGCCGACUAGCUCUAAUAGUGCUGCUCCUCCUACCCAAACUCCAACCACAGGACAGAGCCAGCUACCAACUGGAGGGCCUCUUCCCCCUCCUCCCAGCCGCCCACCCCCAAACAAAAUCAUACUUCAGCCAGCUCCUCUUGGGAAAAAACGGGAGAAAGGCAAGGGCGUCCCGAGGGACGAUGGCAUGUCUGAUACAGUCAGCGAACGUGGGAUGACAAGCCCCCCCCCUUCUGCCCCAUACAGUGCUGGAACAUUACCCUUUCGUAGAAACUCCCCACCGAACUCUGGUACUACACCACAUAGUUCUGGGUUCCCAGGUUCUGCAAGCAUUCAACCACAGUCUAUUAUGAGAUCUCAAAAAUCUUCUGGCGAUCUAGCGUCAGGUGGACUCAGGACCACAACCCCUAAAGAUGUGCGAUUUGUGAUACCCGACGACGAAAGCGAAUACGAAAGUACAGCGGAUGGAGAAUCACAGAGAAACAGUGGUGUCGAACCAAGCCCUGGGUUUGUGGCAGCAGCUGCCCCGACAACCCCAAGGACCCCCGUAACACCGGGUCGCCCCCGUAUAAGCUCUCAGCAAGUUCCACCGUUUGCAUCUAUUGCUGAAGAGGAUGGACCGCAUGACGACUUGAAAUCAAAAAGAAUAUCGACAACAAAUUGGACGGAGCAGAAGGAAGUUAUAUUCAGCAAGGCUACGCCUUCGAGCGCACCACCGACCGAAUCUCGGUUCCACGUCACACAGACCCCACCGUUUUCGCCGGAAUCGCAGAAAGUGGAAGAAAAGCUGGCUAGCAUAAAUGGACAAACAAAUAGUCAGAAGAUACAAGCUAUUACUCCGCCGAUGCACUCAGGGCCAAUGCCAGAAUCGAAGGCGGGGUCGUCGGCCGCAAGGGUUUUCCCUGAGGACGAACCAGAAGAUCUAGACCUUCCUCCGUUUUACCAUGAAGCAAUAGAGCGCCAUACCGAUAUGAUCCUUACAGAGGCAUCAGCAGCAACGGACGAGAAGAGAUUGAAUGUUUUCGUCGACUAUGUGUUAGAAGAGGCCCGAAUCAGAGGCGAGGUUUACAACAAUGCAUUGGGUGUCCUUGGACCGGGGUUAUCCCUCUUCCCAUCUGACGAUCCACAAUAUAUGACACCGGAAGAACAAGUCGCGGAGUUCGAAAGACGAGAGUAUGAAAAACGAGUGAUGAACCAGUUUGCAUCAGGCCCUAGCAGUGGCGGCGGUUCAUUAAAACGAAGGCAAACUAUCAAGGAACAAAAGGCCCGCGCUGGUGAAUACCUAGAGAGUCGGCGGUCAAGAUCGAAUCCUACCACUCCAAGGGAGCCAAAGAGAGCGAGUUGGUUUGAAAACGCUGCGGUGGAUACACUUGAGAAGCUGGAUAGGAUUUCGCCCACUGUUGAACCGCUCCUCCUUGAUAUUCAACCCCUACUGUCCAUCGUCCCACCAUACCCUCGACAAUUUCCGGCGAGCGAAAACUCGCAUCCAAGUUUACAGAAGACGCGGAAGGCCAUCACCGACUUGAAGGACUUAAGGGUCAUCCAUAAGCUCAAAUUUGACUUCACAACAUCUGUUCCCCGAGUUCAAGACGAAUGCGCCGCGGAUGCUCGAGCUAGGAAGGUGGCACACCAAGAUUACAUCCAGAGACUUUUUAAUGAAGGCAGGGUUACAUACGAAGAGAUGGAUAGGCUCAAUGCAGAGUUUGAACGAAGAGAAGGAGAUCUUAAAGCCGAUGAAUUGCAGAAGGAAUUUGACAGAUUCCAGAGGGAAGUUGUGACCCCAAGCCAUACGGAGAUGAUGGAUAGGAUCGAUAAAGCAACCGCUCUUAUGGAAACGAUUCAAACCGAUAUCUCUUCCUCCGCCAAAGCGAACAUCAGUAUCAGGGAAGGUCCAGAGCUUUUGGAAAAGCUGAACAUCAUGAGAAGUAUUUUCGAGACUCGAGAACUUCUCUACGGGGAAAUCAAUACAUUGAUUGCCGAUAGAGACAGCCGAUAUAAGGAGGUUACAAUCGCACCAUUUCUCAAUGAAGGGGAUACGGAGGGAAUCAAGGAAGCAGAGGAGUUUUUCUCGGAUGCCGCAAAACAGACCCAGGUGACGGCAGAUAAGGACGCAGUAGAAAGGGCAAAAUCCUUCCUUGAUAAAGUCGAGCAGGACGUCAUUAUUGGGGUAGAAAGUGAAGUUUCAAAUUUCUGGGACGUUGCGCCUACCCUCACGGAACUCCUCGAGAAGAUUCCCACGGACCUUUCGAAUUUCAGGCCAAUUAUUCCGGACGAGGAGUUCUACUCAAACUCCAAUUACGCACAGUUCCCAUUGCUAUACCUAAAAAAGAAACUAGACUACGUGGGAAAUUCUAUAUACCAGCAUGCACAAGCGCAAAUGCGGCUAUUGAACUUUUCUGUGGAUAUCACGCUGCUUUGGACGAACACCAAAUGGGCGUUAGGAGAUAGCAAGAGGGUCAUGGCUGGGGAAGAGGAGCAGAGAGCUGUUUGGCAGGUUGAAAGACAGAAGAAAGAGGAGGAGGUGAAACAAACAAAGAAUUGGGAGGAAAAGGUUAAGAUCGUUCAAGAGGAGUGGUCGCAGAGCGUUGGAAACAAGCUCUCGGAUAUAAAAAAGAAGAUUAUAGACCAGUUGGCGCAGCAAGAAGGCUGGAGUAACGAGCUGCUUUAG